AUGGUUAAUAAAACUAAACAAAUGGUAUUUAAUAAUUAAAGGUACUUUUGUACAUUUUUAAUAAAUAAAAUAUGUCACUGCAAAAUCAUAACUAAUUAUUUAUAGAUGAGGAAGCAAUUCAGAACUUCCUAAAUACUAAAGAUUCAAAUUUGUUGCUAAUCCAACAAAUCAGGCAAAUUAUCAAUUAUGAGGAAUCAUUCAUUGAUGAAACAUUGGACGCUGUUGAUCCAAAAGUAUUGGACAAAGAACUGGUCAAGUGAGUUAUUUUUAUGUUACCUACCUAUAAUACCCAUCAGUAACUCCCAAACUAUUUGAUUAAAUUAUGAAAGAGUAGAGAUUGAUUAACAUAGCAUAAGUAGUGGUAGUUUGAAAGCACUAUAGUGCUGUAUUUUAAAAAUUAAAUUAAUUGCAUAAAAAUUUAAUACCAUCAUACUCCAAAUUUGAUAUUUUAAGAGAGAAUUUAUAUAAGGUAUUAGUGUAUGUAUACUAUACAUAUAGAUGAGAAAUAUUAAAUAAAAGAUGGAGUGAGAUUUAUAAAGUUAGUGUGAUAAAAUAUGAAAAAUAUAGUUUGUUUGCCAUCUUAUAAAUAUCUACUUUAUUUUGUAUAAUAGUAUAUAAUAAAACAAUGAAAAUUGUUUGGUAUUUGAAUUUCAAGACUCAAAUUAAACUUAAAACAAAAUAGGUACUAUUAUAAAAGUUUAAUUUCUUGAACUUCGUUGCUGUCCUUGAUAGCUACUAUCUAUAUUUUAAGAUUGGUAUUUAAUUGUUAGAAAUAAGAAAAAAACAACUAUUUGAAUUAUUUUAUAUUAUAUCAAAAUCUAAAUUGCAAUAGUUACCUACUAAACAUUAACCUUUACUGUAUGUGCUUAAAUGUAUUUCAGAGCAAAUAUAAUGGACUCAAUUAAAAUUAUCAGCGAUUUCAUGGACAUGUAUAACGCAGAUAUCAGAGGAUGUGAUCCAUCAGAAAUAAUUAAAAUCAUGCAUUUCAUUAAUCUUCAAUUAAAAGCUGCAAUACGAUUGAAAUUAAUUGACGAGACCAAUUAA